AUGACUUAUCUCAAGGACGCCUACUCCAAGUUCCGGGCUAACCCCCGCCAUGCCCCAGUGGCCGCCAAUGUGUCGCUGAUCUAUGUUCCCUCCACCACGCGCAUCGAUGGCGCUGACGCCGUUGCGUCGCAUACAUCGCGCCAAUCCGCCCACCUCAGAAAAAAGUCCGAGAAGAUCAUCAGCGAGAUUGAGAGCUCCGACUCUUUGUGUCUAGACAUUGAGACGACCAUCGAGUUUCUCGAGGGUGGCGGGGCGUAUCUCCCCUCGUUCGACGAUAACUUCCUGGCGGAUCGCGUCGUGACUUUCCCCACGCUCCACAUCGUUCAAUUCAACCCCGAAAAUCAGAUCCAGCAAGUCCGCAUCUACUGGGAUCAAGGCUCCCUGCUUAAGGAGCUCGAAGUGAUUGGUGCCCGUGGCCGCAAUUGGCCUAUUCGUCAAGCUCAGGAGCAAACCCGUUUGCUCAAGGCCGCUGCUAUUGCAAAGGACGCUGCACCUUCAUUGGAACCCUCUCAAGGCGACCUGCCUGCGCGCCCUUCCUCCCCCGGAAAGCGACACAUCAGAGACCCCUACUCGGCCGCUUCCUUGACCGACCUCCUCUCGCCUAACAAGGACGGUGCUGUAGAGCAAGAACUCGAGACACGCAGACCUCCUUCUCCCAGCAAGCGACACACCCGUGAUCCCUACGGUCAGGGCUCCUUGACCGAGAUCCUGUCUCCCAGCAAGCCAGAAACCAAUACCGUCAUGCGUCCCUACGGAGGAUCCAACCAACCCGCGCGCCGCGAUCUGGGCGAUAUCUUCGUGGCAGAUGACGGCGAGACUCCCUCCACGCCCUCCAAGGCUGAGAAAGUGAUUUCUCCCAAGGGCGGAUCCCGACACCAGGUCGGCAACCGACUCUUCGGAGGCGCUGAGGACCACGACGAACACCGUUCCUUCUACAAAUCCGAUCCUCGCAAGUACGACCACUUCGAGAUCGGAGCCAACGAAGGACGCCCCGAAGACCGUUCGUUCUACAAGUCCGAUCCCCGCAAGUACGACCACUUCGAGCUGGGAGCCAGCGAAACCCCCCGAGGCGAAGAAGGACUCCAAGCCAAGCAAACCCCGCCCGAGGCUUCGGAUACACAGACGAGGAAGUUGAUCCCAACUCCCCCCCCACACCGCGAAGCCGUCGUCAAAGCCCGGCCCGACCAAAGCGCCCACUUCGAGAUCAGCGACGACGUAAAAGAGGAAGACGGCCGCAUCAUCAGCUCCUUCGGCAACCGCGGUAAAGGCCUCUACGAGAACCGCCUCUACGACGAAGACGAAGCCGCCGCCAAAAGCCACGAAGGCGAGCGCGAAGAAGCCCUCGGCGUAACCAGCAACAAGGCAAACCUAAAUAAGACCUUCAACUCGCAGUGGGAAAUGCACGACAACUCGCCCGGACACAAGGCCACCCCCGAGAACCCCAAGACCCUAGCCGCAGACCGCAGCAAGGCCGUCAAGGCUCUCGAGGCGCACUGGGAUUACUCCGAUUCGCCCCAACCCACGCGGACCGCGACGUCGCUGCACAACCCCAAGACGCACAACCAGCCUAGCUGGAACAUGCAGGAUGAAGCUUCCCCCAUUAAGCCGGCCACUUCGCUCCGUAACCCGCGCACCCAUAACCAGCCUAGCUGGAGCAUGGGAGGCGAGGAGUAA